UGGUCCAGUGGGGAUUAUGAAUAAAUCCGUCACUAUAUCUAAGGAUGAGGAAUGGAAGAGAUACAGAGCCUUGUUGUCCCCCACGUUCACCAGUGGAAAACUCAAGGAGAUGUUCCCUAUCAUCGAGCAGUAUGGAGACAUUUUGGUAAAAUACUUGAGGCGAGAGGCAGAGAAAGGGAAGCCUGUUUCUGUGAGAGAAGUGUUAGGUGCCUACAGCAUGGAUGUGAUCACCAGCACGACAUUUGGAGUGAAUAUUGAUUCCCUCAACAACCCAAAGGAUCCUUUUGUGGAGAAAGCCAAGAAGCUCUUAAGAGUGGAUUUUUUUGAUCCAUUGAUCUUGUCAGCAGUACUCUUUCCAUUCCUUAUCCCAAUAUAUGAAAUGUUAAAUAUCUCUAUGUUCCAUAAGGAUUCAAUAGCAUUUUUCAAAAAAUUUGUGGACAGAAUGAAGGAAAACCGCAUGGAUUCUAAGCAGAAGCACCGAGUAGAUCUUUUCCAGCUGAUGAUGAAUGCUCAUAAUAAUUCCAAAGACAAAGAGUCUCAUCAAGCCCUGUCUGACACGGAGAUCACAGCCCAGUCAGUAAUCUUUAUUUUUGCUGGCUAUGAAACCACCAGCAUCACACUUUCCUUCGUCCUGUAUUCCCUGGCCACUCACCCUGAUAUCCAGAAGAAACUGCAGGAGGAGAUUGACAGGGCUCUGCCCAAUAAGGCACCAGCCAACUAUGAUAUAGUGAUGGAAAUGGAGUACCUGGAUAUGGUACUGAAUGAAACCCUCAGAGUAUACCCAAUUGCUAAUAGACUUGAGAGAGUCUGUAAAAAGGAUGUUGAAAUUGAUGGUGUGUUUAUGCCCAAAGGGUCAACAGUGAUGAUUCCUACUUAUGCUCUUCACCAUGACCCACAGCACUGGCCAGAGCCUGAGGAAUUCUGCCCCGAAAGGUUCAGGAAGGAGAACAAGGGCAGCAUUGAUCCUUAUGUAUAUCUGCCCUUUGGAAAUGGACCCAGAAACUGCAUUGGCAUGAGGUUUGCUCUCAUGAAUAUGAAACUCGCUCUCACUAAAAUUCUGCAGAACUUCUCCUUCCAGCCUUGUAAAGAAACACAGAUACCUGUGAAAUUAAGCAGAGAAGGACUUCUUCAACCAGCAAAACCCAUUGUUCUAAAGGUUGUGCCAAGAGAUGCAGUCAUAACUGGAGCAUGACUUUCCCCUCAAGGAGUUCUAUUGGAUUCUUCAGAAAGUACAUUGAACCCUUUAAUUUAUCUCAUGAAUGAAUUCCAGAUAAAAUGGGGCUUAAUUGACUGUCUUGACUCGUGGUUACAGAUUCAUUACAUCCAUUGAUCUUUCUCCAUGUCUAUCCAAAUUACAAUCUAAUAUAAAGGAGAUGACAAGUCAGUGACAGAACAGAAAAUUCACCUUCACUUCUUGUGGGACCAUCUCUAUCCACAUUUGAAUGUCUCUGUUAAUUUCUUUUGAUGGUAACCAUGUUUCUGUAAUUUGGUCAAUAAUUUUUUGAAGAAAAGGUGAACUAUUGUGACAUCUCUAAUUGUACAAUUGGUAUCAGAUGUUUUAGUUGCAAUAUUCUACACUAAAAGUCCUGUCCCUGUCUCCUUUCCCAACCAUUGGCUGUUGACAACUUUAUUUGCCAAUCAAAGCCAACUGGGGGCAGGUUUCCUUUAACCUAUAUGUGGGACUCUACAAACAGUUUUUGAGGUAUUAUGAUUAGCAUAAGAACACAAGCUGCUACAUUCUCCCUAUUUUGUUCACUAAAGGCCUUGUCUUUCAGAUAUACACAGAACAUAAUUAUAACAGUUUUGUAAACUAUGAGGUAUGAUAUACAGUAAUAACAUACAGUCUAUCAAUCUUGUCAAUGUGGGUAUAUUGUUCUAACAUCUAUCUUACAUUAAAGAGAUUUCAAUUCUAUAAGUGAA